AUGCUUGCACUCCACACCCAAGCCGCAGGCCUCCUGCUUCUGGCACAUCUCCUGCCUGUUCACUCUUUAGAAAUCGGUAGCCGAGACGACAUCCUCAAGACUUCCAAGUCACUCGCUGCUGAUCUCAUCAAGUUUUACCACGGAAACGAAACUGGCCAAGUACCUGGCCUUCUGCCGGAGACGACAAUUAAAACGAAGGACGACGAUGUCACCUACUACUUUUAUCAGUCUGGGGCUUUCAUGAGCACAUAUAUCGACUACUGGCAAUUGACGGGCGACGAGACAUACAAUGACUUGGUGGUGCAGGGCAUCUUGCACCAGGUCGGCCAGAACGAGGACUUUAUCCCAGCGAAUCAGAGCCUCAACGCCGCCAACGAUGAUCAGUCCAUCUGGGCCAUGGCUGCUUUGACUGCUGCCGAGUAUGGAUUCCCUGAUCCUCCCGAGGAUGAGCCUCAGUGGCUCGACCUUGCAGAAUCUGUGUUCGAGUCGCAACGCCUGAGAUGGGAUAGAGAGGUCGAGAAUAAGACCUGCGAUGGAGGCCUGCGAUGGCAGAUUGCGUUUAUCAACAACGGAUACGAUUGGAAGUCGGCCGAGGCCAAUACUUUUUUCUUCGCCCUCAGCUCCCGUCUUGCCAGGCAGACCGGUAACAAGACCUACGUCGAGUAUGCCGAGAAAUUAUGGGACUGGCUUUACGACAUCGAACUCAUCGACCACGAUACCUUUGCCGUCUAUGAUGGAAGCAGCGUCAAGUCAAACUGUACGCAGAUCAGCAAGGUCCAGCGAUCUGGAGCCGCUUCUUCGCUGGCGCUCGGUGCGGCUUAUAUGUACAAUCAGACCGACGGUUCGUCAACCUGGAAGUCCCGAGUUGAGAAGCUCACAUCAUCCUUCAUCGACACCUUCUUCCAGAAGGGCGGAAGCUUCGCCGAAGCAUCUUGUCCCACUGAAAAGAAGUGCCCCAGGGACCUCUUGACCUUCAAAGCUCUCUCCCAGCGAUGGCUCGCCGUGACGAGUCAAAUUGCGCCUUUCACGGCCGAGAUCAUUCUCAAGGCACUCCGCAAGUCAGCUGAAGAGUCUGACGCCGACAAAGACGGAGACGAUGCGUUGGAGCAGACUAUGGGCGAGCUGGCUGUUGUUUCGAACCUGCUGAUCUCGGAUGCUCACGCUGCUGUUUCGUGGGGUGACGAAAAGACCAAUAGCAGUGGCUCUGGUUCUGCUCUGCUACGCGUCUUGCGGGGGUUAACGUGGUUCUGGCCUUGUUUGCUUGGGCUCUGUACUUUAUGUAAACCGCUACCGCCGGUGCUUAAGUCAUUAUAA